CAGACCGCUGCCGUCCUCGCUCUCACCGAGGUCCGCUCCGAGGACAACACCGAGUUCUCCAAGCUCCUCUCCGCCAUCAAGGAGGGUUACACCGACAAGUACGAGGAGUCCCGCCGCCACUGGGGUGGUGGUAUCAUGGGCGCCAAGGCUGUCGCCCGCCAGGAGAAGAAGCGCAAGGCCGUUGAGGGUGCCAUCCGUGUCUAA